UUUCUUGCAUAAGUGAAGAUCGUUUGAAGGUGUCUAUACAUCAGAAGCUCUGGUGACAGAAAUCGAAUACUAUUUGGGAAUUAUUAUACUUCAAAUUGAUAGUGAUAUAUACAUAUGUAGCGUCUGAUUUAGAAACACUCAAAAAAAACCUGUAAUCAAGAUCAAAUAUUGAUUAUCCACAAUAAAACACGCUAUAUAUACAAUAUAUAUUACCAAAAGACAAAAAAGAAGAGAUUUAGCAUACAUUUGAGUUCAUGAAAUGAUAAUUAAACUAUUUUUAUCGACCCAUAAAAGUUAUUAAUAACUAAUUAUUUAAUUAAAUAAUAAUAGUAAGAUAAUAAACAUUCACUGUGAUUCGGAUUAAACAAUUUCAAGUUACGCACAUAUACACAUAUAUUUUCAAAACAGAAAAAUCAAUAAAUCAAUAAAAGAAAAUAAUAGUAACAACAGUAAUAAUAAUAAUAAUAAUAAUGAUUUCCCAAUAUACUCUCUUUAUCCUUCCUUUUUUUAUGCAUUCAGCUGAUCACAUUAUAACGACUGUUAAACAUUAUUAUUGUCAACAAUAAUACGAUUAAUAAAAUAACAAUAUUUUGAUAUAUUAGAAUGACGGUAGUGACUAUGCUUCUAUCGACGACACAUGUUACAUAAUCAAUCUGUGCACUUCAACAAAGUACUAAUUGAACUGACCAAGAGAAGUACAAACGAAUAAAUAUAAAUAAACUUCAAAAUUAUUGAUUAUCCAAAGAAGAUAUUGGGAUCAAUGCCAACUAUGUAAUUAGCAUCAUUACCAUUAAUCAAUACCAAUACAGCACGAUAAUUAAUCGAUAUUAAUAUUACAAAACAAUGAGUAAUAAUAAUAAUAAUAGUGUACCAAAUCAAAAUCCUACCAAUAUGCAAAUAACUAAUUCUGAUAUCUACUUCAAAAGUAAUACCAAUAAUAAUGAUAAUAAUACUGUUAUUGGUCAAAAUGAUAAUGUUGGCUUGAGUACCGGAGCUUUGGUCGGCUUAAUAAUUGGCCUUGUGAUUAUUUGUACAAUAAUCAUUGUCGUUGUCUACUGGUGUAUUCGUCUGCGACAUUUCUACUUGAGUCAAAGACACACUAAAAUGUAUGAUCCAGAUGUCAUGAUACAACCUGGUCAACCACGUCCAAGUAUUAUCAGUAGUAGUGGUCCGAUGCACUUUCCGAGUACAGUUCUACCAGAUUAUCAACGUCCUUCAUCUUUUGUGUAUAAAAGUCCAUCACAGAGUAAACUACCACCACCUAGCUAUCCUGGAGAGUCAAAUGAUCCAGCAGAUGUUGGAAAGCGUCCUCCUCUUUAUCCGAAUUUAAAUCAAGAUGGAUAUCUCAAUAAUAGUAAUAAUAGUAAUAAUUUUACAAAUGAGACUCCAUUGAAACAAUCCGCCUCCAUUGGUGGUGAUGUUGGCGGUUCAGUUAAUGCUGCGGUUAAUUUAAGUCCUGUGGUGGAUAAAAGAAAUUCAGCCAGAUUUUCACAAGGACUGCAAUCGCCUAGUUGGACAGAUCAUCAUUACUAUAAUACGCAUCAUUUCAAUUCGGAUGGAUUACCAUCCUUCAACUAUUCUGCCUAUUACCAUCAUCACCAAGAACAGCCUGACAUAGACGAAACACACAUCAAUCAUUCAUUCCAUAUUGAUCCAUUGGGAGCAACACCAUCAUUUUCUACAGCUUCUACAGGUAAUUCUGUUUCUUCAUCGUCAGCUGGGGCCGCUAACGCCGCCACCGCUGCUGCUGCUGCAGCUGCCGCGUUCACUUCACGUUCCAGACUCAAAUCAAUCGCAUUCAUCUCACAGAUAAGCGCCUUUGGCUUGAAGAAUAAACGACGCUUUUCACAUUUAACACAAAAGUCAAUAAAAGUGAAAGAUAAAGUUCUCAGUAGUUCUAAAACAACAUCAACAACAGCAACAGUAACAAGUAGAAAUAGUCAUCAUGGGAAAGGGAAACACUCCAGCGAUGGUCAAUCGAAUCCAUUAUCAGUGGCGGAAAUUUACGGCAAUGAAUAUGAAGGCUAUUAUAAUGCUAAUAUGCAGUCAGAUAAUUUGGAUUUCAAUACAAUGGAAUCAUUGGAUAAUGAUUACUUUCUGUACAGUUUACAAGCAGCUAUAUUCCAUGGUCUGAUACCUUCCAGCCAAUCAAAUAACAAUAAUAACAAUAAUAACAGUAACAAUAAUCAGUAUACUUUCCAUGAUACAGACAAAUUCCAAUUCCCAUAUACAAGAACAAGUAUUAUUCAUGAAGAGUUUGAUCCAUCGUUCGGUGAAGAUUUAGGCCUUGGCAAUAGUCGUGUCUCUUCCACACUCAGUGCAUAUUCCUCAUCGAAUAGAAAUUCAAAGACACUUUCACCUGAUUUUAUGAAUUUGAGUAAUGCUAGUAGCAAUGCUAGUAAUAUGAGUAAUGCUCGGUUUAAAUUCCCACCACCUGGUCCCCCGGUUGCUGGUUGGGUUAAUCAGUUUAUUUUACACAGUACUACACCAGAAAAUACCAUGCUGACUACUACGAUACCACCGCCUCCAUCGACACGGAGUGAAAGGCGAUUGUCUCAUUCACAACACCAACAACAACAGAAGACGUCUUCGUCGUUAAUCAAUAGCCCAGUGAAUAAUUCAUCAGUUACAGUGAUUGAUAUCGCUGAUUUGUCAAUGAAGACUUCUACCGCUGCUGCUGCUGCUCUUGUUGGUACAAUGAAGUCAACUCCAGGGAACAGGUGUAUUUCAUCUGUCCCACCGUCACCACAACACAUUCCAUUCCAGUAUGUUCAUUCUUCGCGUUCACUUGGUUUAACUUCUUCAAGUAUUAUACCAAGAAGACAUGCAGCUAAGAAAUAUUCUUUCCAAGAAUCACCUAUUAUAAGUAAUGCGAAAAAUUCACUUGUGAAUAAUCCACCAAAGUUAGAUUUAUUAGUAAAAUCAAAUAAUUCUUCUAUUGUUCUGACUAAUACAGCCGUGAAUAAUGACAUCGGAUUAUUUACGUUAUUCAAUGACAAUACUACUAAUAACCAUACUACUAACAAUGACGCCAACAAUCCUACCACGAAUAACAAUAAUAAUAAUAACAAUAAUAAUACUGGCAAUGAAGAUGACGAUAUGCCUAGCCAAUGUCAACAGAGUCCCAGUAGUUACACCGAUGGGAACUAUUGUGACAGUGGUUACCAUGAUUCAGUGAUUAUCGCUGAACAAUCUUUACUAUCCUCCUUGUCUGCAGAGCAUUCACUAGAUUUACAAUUAUCUCCAGUAUUACACAUAUCAGAAAAUCAAUCAAAAAUCGAUUUAUUGAACAGUAAUAAUAAUAAUAGUAACAAUAAUAAUAAUGAUGAUGAUCAUAAUAAUAUUGCCCCUGAUGAUGACAUAAUCCCACUAUCUAAUAAUGAUAUAGACAACAAAUUCAGAAAUCAAUUAACAGAGGACAGUACUCAUACAAAUCCCACGAAUUUGAGUAAAAGUCUUCAGUUCACUUAUUCAAAAUUAGAUACACCAAAACCUCUACCGAUUUCAUCACCAACUUCACCAUUGAUAUCGUCAGCAUCCUCCUUGUCGAAUAAUUCAACAAGUACAAUGGCAAGUUCAACAAAUAGUAAUACUGUAAUGCUGCUUCGUGAUAAUGCCGCUGACUUGACAACUGCGCAUACACUUUUAUUUCCUCCACACAUAUUCUCCUCUAUGGUACCCUGGGACGCACGUUCAAGUUGUCGUUCUCCAUUUGGGUUCUACUGGAGAGUCUGUCUGGCGGAUGUUGUCGCUCAACCGUAUCCUCAGACUUUCAAUCGAAAAUUAUACAAUUCAAAUAUGUCUGCUGCAUUAAAUAUUCCCAAUACUAAUCAUCACUCUCUGACCAAUCCCAGUCAACUCAGUCAACUUGGUUAUCGUUCACCCAGUGAUCCAGAUGUAUUUCUCACCUUCUGUGAAGAUUCAGUAAGAAAAUCAGCCGGUAUAAGACAACCAGUCCCACAGAAUAGUCAUCGUUUACGUCAUGGCGAGAAUCAGCCUUCAUCAUCGUCACCGCCGAUACCGAUGCCUCCGCCACUGCCAACAUCUAACAUCACUUCUACACGUGGUAAUUUCGCUUCACCUAACGGUAUGAUGAAGUUGAUGAUGAUGAGCACUUUGUCCGAUUCAUUCAAAUAUCAUCUUACCCGACAGAAAUCAGAAGGUCAACUGUUAACAGAUCGUCAUGACUCGUUCGAUGAAGUUCUAUGGGAUUUACAACCAACUCCUUUAUAUUGA